GAAAUUCCGCUGAUGCACUAAGUCGAGGGAGGUGCACUUAAUGCUCGAUAUGCACACACAGAAAGCUGUGAUAGGUAGCCAUCGGUGACCACUGGAUGAUGGCAAUUAAAAGUAAAUUAGGACUGUUAUCUUGGAUUAUAAUUUUAGUGAUGUGUGUAUUAGAUAUUGAUGGACAGUCGUCGCAAAUCAGAGUAAACUGUUUCUGGGCCGGCGAUCUAAGGUAUAUUGAAAACAACCAGUUUUGGAGAAAUAGAUGCGAAAUUCCUCCUGGUUACAGAGGAAAACCAGGCCCAAAGGGCGACACGGGAAAACCAGGAGUACCCGGUAUCUCCAUCUUGCGAGAAGUUAUCGUGAAGGGAGAAAAGGGAGAUCGAGGCCCAAUGGGGGAUAUGGGGCCAGUCGGUCCAAAAGGGGAACCCGGGGAUACUGAUGAUUAUGGACCUCCUCCACGGGGUCCCCAAGGACAAAGGGGUCAAAAGGGAGAACCCGGUGCACUAGGCAUUAGGGGACCAAAAGGUUUCCUUGGGGCGCAGGGGCCGAAAGGAGACAAGGGCGAACCGACUGAGGACAUUGAUGAAAUCAUCCUCGACCUUGAAGCUCGAAUACAAAAACUAGAGAGUCAACUCCAGGACUGUUCCUGUCAGCGACCAGAUCCAGUAACCCCUAUGAUUGAAGACGAACAAAUUUCAACUAAAUCAGUGAAUUUGACAAACUUCCCACCUCCGCCACUUCCGCCAAUUGACAGUCUUCGCCGGAAGUUAAUGCAAGAACUGAGGGAAGAAGGGGGAGAGUGCGUGAGCUACGCACUGCGAUACUACAGUCAGUGCUCGGAGGAUGGCCGAAAAACCCUAUACCGCUGUCCAGCAGUUAGUAAGAUGUUGAAUAGGGCGACCAUUCUACUUACGACAUUCGGUAUUUUGUUUGUUGGAAUUGGCGGAUAUUCAAAGACAAGAAAUAACAGAAGUUUGUCCUACAACACGCAAUGCAGUACCAGAUACUGUUGUUACGAAGAAAAACAAUAUGCCAGAAGAAUAUACCUAUACAAUUGGAGGACAGGGAGAUGCUCUUGGUACACUAAGAUCUUUCGCUACUAUAUUCCACUGAACAGCCAGACUUGUGCCGUUACUGCAGCAAUAUUGCUAAAGGGAGAGACGGGUUCAAAUGGUACUAUCGGGGUAAUUGGACGUAAAGGUGCCAGGGGACCUCGGGGCUUCCGCGGGAUCAAAGGUGACAAGGGUGAGCCAGGGUCAGAGGGCUUCGCUGCACUCGUUGAUGGGAGUCCUGGAAUUAAAGGAUCUCCUGGAGUCAACGGAAUCCCCGGAGAAAGAGGUCCUAUGGGUCCUCCGGGGCCUAGGGGAGAGCCUGGGUUACCUGGCCUCAACGGACAAAAAGGGAACCCUGGUCAACGAGGACAGAAGGGCGAACCAGGGGUUUCCACCUCUAUAUCAGCCGUGGAGUUUUACAAGCUUCAAAGAAGAGUAGACGAAAGCACAAGUACAAUUGGUAAAACUGGUUCCAAAGGUUUGCCCGGUCCGGUAGGGCCAAAGGGUGAGAGAGGAGAACCGGGGUUGCCUGGACUACCGGGUCAGAAGGGUGAUUACGGACCCCCAGGUCCAAACGGGAGGCCGGGAAAUCCGGGGUUACCGGGUGAGAGGGGUCUUAAAGGAAAUGCGGGACCUCGGGGUGAAAAGGGAAAUGAAGGAGCUCCUGGAUUACCGGGGCCGCCCGGGAAACCUGGAAUUCCCGGCGGGAAAGGAGAAAUAGGAAACCCUGGUCGUCCGGGAACAAUUGGACUUCCGGGACCAAAGGGAGAGUCCGGAAGUAUUCCACCGGAACUAACAGCUGAAGCUUUUGAAAAUCUCUCAAAACGCUUAACAGAACUUGAGCGACAAAUGAAACUGUGUUCGUGCGGGGUAUCUCCAACAGGGUCUUCGAAAGAAGACGAAGAAGUCAUCGUGUCUGAAGAUAUCAAAAACUGCAACAACACCUUGUUUCCUCCACCACCACUUCCGGUAGAACAAUCUCUUCGCCGGAAGUUGAUGGACGAACUCCAGUCGCAACAAGGGAACAGAGAGUGCAUUAGCUAUGCUUUACAGUAUUACAAAAAUUGUGCAAACAACACAGCAACAUACUUUAACGAAUUCUAUUCUUUAUACAGUAUACAAUGUAAUGAUUGUCACAUGAACAUGUAAAUAGAUUUUAUAAAUAUAUAAGGGAUAAUUUUUUUUAUUAGGACGCUGAAAUACAGUGCCAAUUCUGAUCUGAAGCAGUAUUAAUGGCCAAACAACAACUCUAGCUUCAAUCAGUACUAGGUUAUGAUUUAUAUGCAAGACCGAUUAACUUGUUGGUUGAGUUAUGACUGUAUAUGGCAGCUCAAUCUGAUUAAAAUCAGAUCCUAGAUUUGCUCCUUUAUCUUUUUACUGUCGCUACUGUAGCAGUAAUAAGAAAUGAUGACCGGAUCGAGGAUCUGAUUUUAAUUUGAUUGAAUAGCAGCUGGGUUCUGUGUUUUAUGAAUUUAACGUUAAGGUUGAUGGUUUAUGUUUUAAUUUCAGUAAUGGAAACGCUUUUAAUUACAGUAUAUAGUAUCCGUCACAACUAUUUCAUAGUAUGGAAAUGUUUACUCUCCACUGGUUUUAGCGUUGUCUAUGGAAUAAAAUUAUUAAACAUG